AUGCCUAAGAAGGGAGGAAAGAAGAACAAGAAGGGCAGCAAGCCCGCCGUGGUUGCAGCUGCUGCUGUAGACAACGUCAAGGAUAUUGUCAACCCCGACCACGAAGUUGAGGACGUUGAGGACCAGGCCCAGCAAAUCGAAGCCCCGAAGGAGACCAUCGAGCAGAUCGAGACUCCGGAGACCGUGACGGAGCCCACUGAGACUGUCGCUGAGCCCAGUCAGGCCCCCGAGGUCGUAUCCACAGCUGAGACCCCCGCCGUGACGGAAACAAAGCCGGCUGAGGAGGCUGUGAAGGCCGCGGAAGCCCCCGAGGCCCCCGAAGCCCCCGAAGCCGUUGCGACAGAGAACAAGAAUACCGUCGAGGAGGCCGUGGAGAAGGCGCAGGCUUCCAAGGCCGGUCAGUUGGGUGAGGUGGAGGGUGGCGACGGCGCAGGCACUGGUAUGACGAGUGUCAGUAAAAUUGCGACAAUGAUCUCCACUAACCUCAAUCCUGCAGCUGUGAUCCCAGACAAGUCCAAUGAAUCCGCCGUGAUCCCCGAGACCAAAGAACCCGAGACCGAGACUGCCGCCAUCGGCGCUGCCGCAACACUGCCCGAGCGCCCCAAGACCUCGGAAUCAACCGCCGCCCCUGCCAUCGUCGCUGCGCCUGAGCCUACCCCUGUUGUCGAGAACGAUGUUGCCCAUGCGAAGCGUCCUUACGAGAAGCCCAUCUUCAGCACCGAGGAGAACCUGAAGCCCCACAAGAUGCCCAAGACUGACGAGGAGCCGGUCGCGAUUAGCGUCGAGGAGGACAAGAAGACCAUUGAGAACUUGGCCGGUGUUGGACCCGCUUCGGCUGCUGCCCUCACAGUCCCUGAGCCCGUUCCUGUCCAGACCGAGGCACCUAAGGCCGUAGAGGAGAUCAUCGACGAGACACCCAAGGUUGCCGAGGAAAAGACCGUCGAGGAGACACCCAAGGUCGCCGAGGAGAAGAUCGUCGAGGAGACACCCAAGGUUGCUGAGGAGAAGACCGUCGAGGAGACACCCAAGGUCGCCGAGGAGAAGAUCGUCGAGGAGACACCCAAGGUUGCUGAGGAAAAGACCGUCGAGGAGACACCCAAGGUCGCCGAGGUCGCCGAGGAGAAGACUUCUGAGGCACCUCAGGUUGCUGAGGAAAAGACCCUCGAGGAGACGGUCGCCGAGGAGAAGAUUUCUGAGGCACCUCAGAUUGCUGAACAAAAGGCCGAGACACCUAAGGUUGUUGAGGAGAAGACCGCUGUUGAGGAAAAGACCCCUGUUGAGUCUACCCCCAAGAGUACUCCUGCUCAGUCAGGCGCCGGGCAGCCUUCCUCCCCCGCUGCGAUCGCUGCUGCGACUGCCGCUCUUGCUUCCUUCAAGAGUGACAAGGCUGCCACCCCGGUUGCUGCCAAGGAGGCUGAGCUCCAGAAGCCCGAAGCUGCCUUGAAGCGCGGCGAGGAGCCGCUCCCCAAAGCUGAGUCUCCCAAGGCCGAGACUAAGGCUGAGCCCGUUACGGAGGAAGCUAGUAAGGCCCAGGAACAAACCCAGAAGACUUCUGAACCCUCACCAGAGCCGGUUGAGAAGAAGAAGGGUGGAUUCAUGUCUUGGUUGAAGCGCAAGCUCAAAUAA